AUGCGAGGCGAGGUUUGCCAUAUUCACAUCGGCCAGGCCGGUAUCCAGCUGGGGAACAGUGCCUGGGAGCUAUAUCUGCUUGAACAUGGUCUCAAGGCAGACGGUCACCUUAACCCCGAUGCCGUUGAUGAAACCAGGUCUGCGGGCUCUUUCGAAACGUUCUUCAGCGAAUCCAGCAACGGAAAAUAUGUCCCUCGCUCGAUCUUCGUCGAUCUUGACCCAUCGCCUGUUGACGAGGUUCGAACUGGGCAAUAUCGCCAGCUGUUUCACCCUGAAACCCUGAUCAAUGGCAAGGAGGAUGCUGCUAACAACUAUGCACGUGGACACUACACCAUCGGGAAAGAAAUGGUUGAAGAAGUUGCCGACCGCAUUCGUCGUGUUGCCGAUAAUUGCUCCUCGCUCCAGGGCUUUCUAGUAUUUCAUUCAUUUGGCGGCGGUACUGGCUCUGGCUUUGGUGCCUUGUUGCUCGAGCGCCUUUCGACCGAGUACGGCAAGAAAUCGAAGCUUGAGUUCGCCAUUUACCCUUCACCUCGCGUCUCUACUGCAGUUGUCGAGCCAUACAACGCGGUCCUGUCGACACACAGCACAAUCGAGAAUGCUGACUGCACUUUUUUGGUUGACAACGAGGCUGUCUACGAGAUCUGUCGCCGCAACCUGGAUAUCCCACGUCCUGGCUACGACCACCUCAACCGCCUUAUUGCUCAGGUAGUGAGCUCGAUUACCUCCAGUCUCCGCUUUGAGGGCGCCCUGAAUGUCGACUUGGCCGAAUUCCAGACCAACCUGGUUCCUUUCCCUCGCAUUCACUAUCCAUUGAUCUCUUUUGCACCUGUGGUUUCAAGCAACCGCAGCUCGCACGAGAGCUUUAAAGUUCAGGAUCUGACCUUCCAGUGUAUCGAGCCCCAUAACCAGAUGGUGGUUUGCGACCCACGGAAGGGCAAGUACAUGGCGGUUGCUUUGUUGUACCGCGGUGACGUUAUCCCGCGCGACUGUAACCAGGCUAUUGCCGCUGUCAAAGCCAAGAAUACAUUCCACCUGGUCGAAUGGUGCCCUACAGGGUUCAAGUUGGGCAUCAAUUUCCAGAAACCCAUGCGCGUUCCUGACAGCGAGCUCGCUCCUGUUGAUCGGUCGGUCAGCAUGCUCGCGAAUACUACUUCAAUCGCCGAAGCAUGGGGUCGCUUGGAUCAUAAGUUCGAUCUGAUGUAUGCCAAGCGCGCGUUUGUUCACUGGUAUGUGGGUGAGGGUAUGGAGGAAGGCGAAUUCUCCGAAGCCCGCGAAGACUUGGCUGCGCUGGAGAAGGACUACGAGGAGGUUGCCGGCGACAGCCUGGAAACCGAGGACCUGGAGGCAGAGUACUGA